AUGGCGAACGAGUAUCACGGCUCUAAGGAGCACGACCUGAUAGCGUCCGUCAUCGGGGAGUUCCCCGCCAAGGUCGGCGAGAUCCAGAUGGUCCUCGCGGGCAAGCUCUCCGACGACUGCCGCGGGAGCGCGAGCCCCGUGUCGCCCAGCAGCGCCAGAGAGGAGGCGAGCCCGGAGGCCAAGAUUUCACAGCUGCAGAUCCAGACGAAGGUACUAAAGACGGAGAAGGAGGUCUUGAAGCUGCACCUGCAGGACGCGCGCGAGAAGCUCGCGGCAGCGGAGCACGCGGCGGGGACACACCACACGUCCGCGGCGCCCGCGGUGCCCGGGCGCGAGGAGCCCUCGUCCGCGCACGAGGCUCUAGAGGUGGUCCAGGAGCAGGAGGCCGAGGUGGAGGCCAAGCCCUCGGAGCCGAAGAAGAGCGCCACCAAGCUCUCCGAGGAGCUGGUGCGCCAUCCCAGCUUCGACGAGGACAACCUCAGGGACGCGAGGGCGUCACUGGCGUCACCCGCCCCAUCCACCCGCCGUGGCUCCCGGAGGAGCUUCGCCGCCGUCAGUGAGCUCGGGGGCGAGGCCGAGCUCCAGACGUUCGAGGCCCUGCCCCCGCAGACGCGGAAGCGGUCCAGCAUCAAG